AUGGCUGAUGAAAUUGCAUCAGCAAUGGAGCAGGAAAUGGUGGAAGAACAGGCUAUAAAGUGCCCAAGGCCUUCAGCAAAGAGGCAAAGGAAAGGAUCUCCUGACGCCCGAGAAGAAACAGAUAAAGAACGUGUAGACGAUAGUCUUCUGCAAGAUGCACGUAGAAUCAAAGAAAACAUCAGGGUCUACAUGAACGCAACAGACAGGAACGUGAGUGCGAAGGUACAAAAGCACGUUAAUGGGAAAAUUCAGCAGUUAAUAGAUAUAAUGGAGACAAUAUAUGAUAAGAACUAUGAAAAAACGUUUUUAGUACAACGUGUGGUAAAGGACACAUUAGCUUCCUCUGAAAUGUAUGAUAUCAUAGUAAAUGCAUUAGUGGAAAAAGCAGUACCUAUGGUUAUCGAGGGACUCAAGUUGGAAAGUAAAACCAUACAAAGACCACUGUCAGAACCUCAGACAUCUCGGGAGUUUCCAUGCGUUAAAGAACAACCGCUAUUAGCCGAUGCCCACGCUAUUAUUGAGACCACGGAGAAUGAAAGUUUCCAGGAACGUGGAGGUACCUCAGUCCAGCCACGCAUCCCGGUGUCUGGCCAGCGCCUUCAUGGGCUGUCUAAAGAAUGUAAAUAA